UCCGUCAAAACGUCGGCAAGAUAAUUUUCUCGCACUCUCUGAAUCAUUCACUCGCGUAAGUUAGUACAAGCAGUACAACAAACUGCCACCAAAGACGAUUCUUUCCCUUCACCAUCAAUCACCAUAUCACUUCUCGUGGUCAGCACAACAAUUCUCACUGUUGUCUCCACAAUCCAAGACUCGCAUCAAAAUUCCAUCCUAGCAGUAUUCAUGUCACAGAUCCCCCGAAUCCUACAUGAGAAAAGCAGCUCUCUGCGAGAAGAAAUCCUCACUGCCAAUGAUGCCUCCUGAUACGCAGUCCAAAGCCGAAUCCGAAGCUGAAGCGUGUCACAUCUCUGAGAAAGUAGAAAAGAUUUCGAAUAACAAAACCCCCAUGAAUCUCUACCUCAUAGUGCGCUCUCACGUCUUCGAAAUCCCCAAAGAUAUCGCCAUCAACGCCUCCAAACUCAUUGCCAACACAUGGAGCGCGAAUCCUACCGCGCGGAGAAUCACUUUUACAGUCGAGGAUAAAGACGGCAAUGAUAAUGAUCCCGAUCCGGAACACUUCUACACUGUUGAUGUGGUGGCUCAUUUGGUGGGUUGUAUGUAUGGAAAUGAACUGGGGUGUCCGACUUCUGAUGUUGAUCGGCAUUCGGGGUGUUUGGUGGCGUGGUGUAAAGUGUAUAAGUUUGCUAGGUAUUUGGAGAUGGAGGAGGCCUGCGAGAGUGUGCUGGCUAGGAUUGCGAAAUGUUUGGGUGAGAGGAAGUUUCAUCGGGGAAUCCCGACGGAGGAGGAGGUUGUGGAGAUAUUUGGGAUGACGGGGGAGGGCUCGGAUGUGAGAGAGGUUUUGGUUGAUGCGAUGGCUAAGAUGGGGCAAUUGUGGAAUGUGGUGGGGGAGGGUCAUACGGGAGAUACUAGAGAUUGUGUGGAGAACUGGUUGAGGAGUGAGAGUGUGUUGAGAGAGUUUCAGGAAGCUGUUCGGAUGAGGAUUUGGGAGGGAGUGGAGGAGAGAAUGGAAAGGAUCAGAGAAGAUAAGGGUGGUCGAGGUUAAGCGAGGGAGAUGGCAGAGCUGGAUUGGUGUUUUGGGCUCUUUGAGCUACAAAUUUUUUCUGCGUUCGUUGUUUAUGGCAUGAUUUAGUUUAUGGUGAGCUUAUUGGGAGGUUCCAUAUCUUCGGUUCAUGAAUCGCAUCUACACAAUGGCUUGAAUGGAAGUUGGUAUCCAUGCAAUAGGCUUGUUUCGUUUCGCAUAAAAGAUCUAGAAAUCCGUGCAUCCGAUCAUGUACUUGCUCACAAUUUCGGAUUGCA